AUGUCCUGUUUUGCUUCCCAUUUUGCAGCAUGCCAACGUAUUCUCUGCCAUCUGGCAGUCAAUUGGACCGAUUGGCAGCACAAUAUUAUCAAGAACGCACCCAAAAUUGAGCAGCAAACUCAUGUUCCCAGACGUAGCGGAGGAUAUGCCAUUUCAGCAAAAUUUGUCCAACGGACUUCCAUCCAGAAGGCAUUUGAAUACUCCCAAGGCGAAAUCUGGGACUAUGGUCACCGAUCUGGAAGACGAAUGGAUAGUACGCUUCUAAAAAGAAUUUUGAAUGAUGUGAAAGACAUCAUUGGUCACAGGGUAACGUACUACCUUCAAUUCGGCCACAUCCCGUCUCGAAAGAAGGCUUGGAAGAGAGGCCCAUCAAAGCGGUCAUCGUUUGCUGCAAAUGACGAUCAGUGCCUAGAAAGAUUAAUUGCAGAGCAACCACAACUUUAUUUCGAUGAGAUGGUGACAGAGAUGAAGAAGUUGACAGGCACAACUUGGCACCGGGCAACACUUUGGAAACGAAUGUACUCCCGUGGAUAUUCUUUGAAAGUUGCUGUGCACCGUGCCAGACAAGCCAGUGAAGUUGAACAGGCGUUCUUCUACCAGCGUCUCAAUGAGUUUGUGUUGGAUCCCCGACAAAUACUUCUUAUUGACAAAACGCACAAAAGUUGUAAUGCCAGUCGACGACGCCGUGCUUGGGGGUUGCGAGGAACUGAAACUGUGGUUCCUUCCUUCUUUGAAGAAGACUUCCUUCAACAGUUCACCAUGAUUGGUGUUGCCAAUAUAUUUGGCUCUUUACCUGAAGCUUGUGAAAUAGUCCAUCGAAAUGAAAACCUUGAGAAUCGAGGCACGGUUGAUACAGAAAGGUUUGGACAAUUCGUUGAGCAGAGACUUGUCCCAAUUCUUGGACAGUAUACAGAGAAGGAACCAAAUAGCGUUGUCAUUAUGGAUAAUGCAUCAAUACACAUGUCUGAUCAAAUUGAAGAGAUGAUAAGUGCUGCUGGGGCUAUGCUGCUAUUCACCGCGCCGUACUCGCCACAUAUCAAUCCAAUUGAAUAUUUUUUUUCUACAUACAAGAAGGGGCUUGCUCGGAACUCAAAGUAA